CGUGACGUAGUCAGAGCCCUUCCCCCCCCUCCCGCUGUGGAAUAUCAAGAAAACUUGCGCAUGGUAUGCGCUAUGGUAAAUUAAAAACAGUAAUGAACUAGUAAACUAAAUACCAUGGUAUUCGUCCAUGUUGAAACUACUGAUCCCUAAGAAUGGACAAUGAAGAACGCUCGAAAGUGCAUAAAAGUCGUUGAAGAAUCUGGGAAACCGUGAGAAGCAGUGAUCUCGUCCAGUCCCCGCCCACGUUCUGCCCCCACCCUGUUUUCCCCGCAAAACAUCAUCGCCAUUUCCGACACAAGUGGACGCAACGGAUGAUUCAAAAAGGUGACGAGGAGUUGCGAAGACAGUUUCUCGGAAACAAGUAGUCAUCGAGAAAAGCGUUUAAAUCUACUUGGCCUGGGACUCUGUCAGUAGGAGUUAUCUUUGACAGAUUAAGUUUAAUAUCGUAAAUUACAAUCAAGAACAGAAAAUGGCGUUGUCUGGGUGUUACGCUCUUGUCAAGUAUCUUCUCGUGUUUGUCAAUCUGAUUUUCUGGUUGGCUGGUGUUGUAGUCUUGGGUGUGUCAAUUUGGAUGCUUACUGAUUCAACAUUUUACUUAAGUGUAACUCAGCAGUCCUCUCACUACACUACAGGCCUUGUCCUUUUAUUGGCAGCUGGAUUUUUGAUGUUCAUUGUGGGCUUCUUUGGCUGCUGUGGAGCGUUUAAAGAAUCCACUUGUCUGCUGGUUACAUUCUUCUGGUUCUUGUUGAUUAUCUUGGUGGCUGAAGUGGCAGCUGCUGCUUGGGCUUAUUCCAAUAAGGAGGUGCUUGUGGAAAGAUUGAAAGAGAAUGUGAAGUACACAGUUAAAGAAGAGUAUUUUGUGGUGCCUUCUCGUACUGUUACUAUUGAUACAAUUCAACGAGAGUUACACUGCUGUGGAGCAGAAGGUCCAUCUGACUGGAAGCAUUCAAAAUAUGAUGUGCAGUCUACAAAGUCAGAAUUGAGUCUUGCUGUUAGUGCUCUUGGUAUCAAUUUUAAUAUCCCAAGUUCUUGUUGCCGCCAUGAAGGCUCAGAUGCGUGUAGAGUGUCUCAAGGUGGAGGUUACACAAGCAUAGUCAAUCCCGAAAUCUACAGUGAGGGAUGCAUUGACAAAUUGAUCGACAUCCUCCGGACCUAUGCCACAGUGGUGACUGCAGUUGGCAUUACUAUCUGUGUAUUGGAGAUUAUAGGCCUUGUGUUUUCUCUCCUUUUGUGUUGUGCCAUUCGCAACACAGAUCACUACAAAGCUUAAAGCAGCGUUCUGUUUUUCUAAUUACCUCUUUCUUUUUAACUCGCUACUAGUGAAUAACUGCCAUGCACCUGGAUCUUUUCUCUUUUCUGGAGUGUGCUGGAGAUGAGCAACUUUGUAGGUGGUCUGUAUUCUACCUGUGCAUAGCUGUUAAUCUCUUACAGUUCUGAGAGUUUUGUAUAGUAAUGUGUUUAGAAUUUCGUGUUUUCCCAAUCAGAGCAGAGGUUAGUGUGAAGCCAAAGAUUGUCCAGCCAAGAGCAACCAGAGCAUCUUCUUUCUUUUAUAUUAUGUAUUUAACUAAUUGGUACCUAGAAAUGUGGUACCUGUUGAGAUCAAAGCAGAGAUUUCUUCUCAGUUGUUAGAAAUUAUUGGUGGAAUCUCUCUAAAAAUAAUGCUUAAACAGAGCAACUUGAUGGCCAGUAAGUUUGCAUGUAAACCCACGUGGAUGUUUGUUCAUGUUAUGUGCGGACCUAGUCUAAAUUCAAGGCUAAGAAAGUUCUUCUUGAAUGCAUCAUAUGUUCUCUCUGAAUCUCAUGAUUUGUCCUUGAGGCUUCCUGCACAAGUGUUCAAGACUGUAUCUUUUACUAUAGGCAGCUUCUACCUGAGAAGAAACAGCUUUGCUUCCAUGUUUUGUAUAUCCAUUUACAUUAAUUUUUAUAUUUUUACACGUAACUUUUGAGGUUGUUAAAUCUAUAUAAUUACAACUAAUAUGUAAUAUUAGCAAUAUAAAUUGCUGAAAAUUUACUAUAAUAUAGUAUACUUUAAUGCAUAUAUGUAUAGUUUUACUACCAAAAUAUUUUUAUUCUUGUUUAGCAAGACCUGUAGUCUGAAAGAUGGCAGGAUACACAGACUACUCUAAUGAGUCGUUGUGUGUUGGAGUUGCUCUGUUGCUCUCUUGAGGGUCUAGAUCCACUAGGAGACGCCUCAUCCUGUGGCAAAGGAACUAGACACAUUUGAACCCUGGUCACCUAGAGUAGUAUAGGUUUUGCUUCCUACACCAUUUACGAGAGGUGUUUUGUUUUUAUUAUUAUCAAAAACUGCUUAAUUGUUUAAAUUUUUGGAUCUUGAUUAGUUAAUUGCCCUAGUGAACAUUUUUCUGUUAUUAAUAAAAUUACUUUUUAUAAUUAAAACCCUUUUUAUUUGUUUAUUUCACCAAUGCAGUGACAAUCUUGAAAUAACUUUCUCAGGUCUUCAACUGAAAUUUAUGAAUUUGAAUAUUGAAUUUUGAGAACUUAUAUUUUGUAUUGUAAAAUGUAUAUUACAUGUGCCCAGGGUCUGUAGUGUCUUGUCCAGAAAAUUUGCCACUUUUCAGUUACCAUGACCAAAGCACUCUGGCCUGUCCUUAGAGUAAUUGUUAAGUGUCAGUACUUGAUGUUAUGCCUACCCAUUUCAGCCCUAGUAUACUCGACCGAACUCAGCAAGUGCCAAACGCAAAGGCAAACUGCCUUAUUUAAUUUAUUCGAACUAAUUACAAACAUUCAUGUGUGUGCCAUUUGUAAUUUUCUCAAGUAUGUAGUGAAUUAAAUUCACAGGCAUUUUGCUUCAGUAUGUUUCUGUGCAUGCACAAACCUUCCUAUUUUUUGUGUUAUCCUAAGGCACAUUUCUUGCUACCUGCACAAUGUGAGCUGAAAAUACAAUGAUUUUUAUUUUUAUUUGGACCAUAUACCUUGGACCAAAAUAUGCUGAUUGUACAGCUAUGAAAGUGCCCUAAAUGCCUUAGAUGGAGUAGUGUGUAGAUCAUGUUUUAUCUAUUUCUUGUUUUGGGAGAUUUAUAAAAAAGUUUUUGUACAGAUGACAAUUUGGGAUUAAGUACAUAAUAAGAGUAUAAAGUAUGACUAUGAGAUUCAUUUGAGGCAUGCAUUUUAGUAUUGGUUACCAAAUAUAUAUGUACAUUUUUUUAUUAGCGACUUUAAUUUGUUUUACUGAAUGUCGAAAUUCUUUAUUUUGUAACUUUGCAUGUCACCUUAAAAGCAAAUGCCUUGUUAGUCAAAACAAAAGGCAGUUUUGUUUGUUUGUUUUCUUGGGAUUUUCAUUUCCUUGGCAAGACUGCGGUAGUACAUGUUCACACACUUGUUAUUACUAGAUAUUACUAGAUCAAUGAACCAUUGACUUCUUUCUGUCUAGUUUUAUAUAUGAGGUACUUGGAUUUAGAUAAUAGUAAGCCGCGUGAAGUAGCUUUUAUAGGAAGGGAUAAUGAAAUUUCAAAGAGUUCUGGAAAUCCCUGUGUUUAUUAUAUUAAUGCCUAUGUCACACGAGUUUUGCAUUGAUGCUUGUUCAGUAUCAUACAUUGUAGAUUAACACUGUAUCUUAUGUAGACUGGUAAGCACUGGUGUGCUGUUUUCACAUAAGGUAUAACAUUAAUCUACUUUUAUUACUUAACAACCGUAUGACACAGGCCGAAAACAUACUACAUACAUUACUCUAUUGUAUUAAAACUUCAUCAGUGGCUUACCAACCUCUAAUAGAAACUAAGAAGGUACUUAUUUCAAAUUUACUUGUUGUGUGGCUUACUUUUGUCCAAUCCCAAGUACCAAUAUAUACAAUAUGGGUGGGUGAGAUCUGGCUGCAGGCUAUUGAAAGAGAGCAAGUCCCUUCAGGUUGACUAAUUACAUUCUUUUUGGUGUUCAAAUGUUACCAAAUUGUUUACCGCAUAACCUGUCUGUUUUGUAAACAUGUUUUACCAAAAACAGUUGUAUAACCAAUAGACAGAAUAAAAAAAAAGAUAUUCAGUUUUUUAAUUGAAUUACUGUGCGUGUGUUCAAUGUGUAAAUAUUGACAAUAAUUGUAACUCAUUCAUGUGAUAAAAUUUAAUUUGGUGAGAAAGCAAUAAAACAUUUUUGUCAGUUCAAUUUCCUGUCAUGACGGGUGUACUUUGAAAAUCUGACUUCUCAAAAUCAGGCAAGAUACUCAUUAAAGUUUUUAAUUGCCUAUUCUGUGAUAUUUCUGAGAUUGUCUAUUCUAUUACUGUGGCAGCUAAAAUACUCUUGUCAACAUAAUUUGUAGCUAAAAUAAUGACAUUAAAAAUAAUGUAAUAAAUAUUUCUGUUUUUAAAAUUAAAAAUUUGUACUAUCAAAUCUUGGUGGAUUUUACAUGAAUGUAAUAAGUUUUCUAACUUGAAGGGAUAUUUGUAUGCAAAAUAUUGGUGGUGCUGAGCACAAAAUGCAGGUCUAGUCUACGUUAAAAAGUCUUUGUUUAACUGAGCUUCGCAAAAUCUCAAAGUUAUUGUAUUUUGUGGAAUAUAAAUGAUAGUAACUGCAAGUAAUCUCAUUUUUUUACCAAGCUGGUCUGGGGAUGACCAUUGUUCAAUUAUUGUAACACAAUUUAGCAGAGUUGAAAUAUGUAUGUACCACAAAUUAUUUGGCUUGAGCAAAUAUAUAGAUUUUGUAAAGAAUUUUGAUUAUUUGAGUCGAAAUCCUUUCCUUAGUCAUUUCAAAACUUGACUUGUUCUUUUAAUCUCUCUCAGGUUUUCUUCCUGAACCAAUUAUAAUUCUGCUUUCUUUCCCUUUCACAUGAUACCCUUUAUCUGUCUUGGCGUUCAUGUUCUAUCUUUUAUCCUUGCAUUUCUUAAUUCCUGGCUUAUUCUGAAAUACUUAAAUCACAAUGAAUUUUGGAAAUGGUAAAUCUUUUGAAACUUACUGGUUUAGGAGCUGAGGCAGAUGAAGAUGUUCAUUUGUCAAGGCUGAAUCAAGAAUGUGAAAUGUGGAAUUAUUUUUAUCAAUGUGUUCUAAAAAAUAAAAUGCUCCAAAAUUGCCUAGAUAUUUACCAAUUAAACUGAACCUACCAGUGUUUCAG